AUGACAUGGUACCUGCAGGCGAAGUGGAAGGAAAGCUGGCGAGGCGAGCUUGUGUUCAGUGCGGUCGUGCUUCCCCUCGUGUGCCCGCAAGCGCCCACGCAGACGAACGCCUACGACGGCGGAGUGUACGUCCUGCGCUUCGCGAAGGCACGCUCCAGAUUGUGCCCAUGCAUGAAGUGGCCGGUGGUGACGGCAGCAGAUGUCAACGAUGGGAUGCAGGCGCAUUUCAAUCUGCAGCUCUUCAACGCCUCCGACAUCACGGAGGAGCGCCGUAUGCUCGGGAAACUGGUGUAG